AUGCUAGAUACCACUGCGGUGCAGUCUCCGCCUCGAAGGCAACGAACGCUUCAAAAGCUUGUCGUGUUUGGAGAUGACGCCAAUAACUACAAGGACAUUUUUGCAUCAUUGCAGGUUUUUUUUGCUUUUGGGAUUGUGUUAAUGAAGAUUUUUGAGCAAAGAAACGUGGCAACAACUUUUCUGAAAAGUUUCGAUGAUUUCAAGGGCGAAUUGGACGACGUCACGUUCUUCUGCGGCAAUUUCAAUACGCCGCUGUUCAACAUCAUAAAUAAACAACAGGUUCACACGAUAUUAUUUUUAUUUUUUUAUGAUUUCUUUUCAGGUUAACAAUUUGGAAGCCCCGAGUCAACUAGUCGUUGUGGGUCCCGCGGUACUUCGGCACCGAUUGGCCAAGAAAAUGGUUGCGAUUUUUGAAGUAUAUAUUCAGGUAAAACUUUGGGUUUUGCAGGAACUAAUGACUCUUCGACCUUGCCGACCUUUGUACUGUGAAAUCAUGAGAAACGUGACAAUGGUUAUAUCGCCCGAGGUUUUUUCACACAUUUUUCAGAAAAGAAUGAAAAUUUGAUUUUGAGGUUCUGAAUAAGCGUGAGAUUGUUGACCUGGUUCAUUACAUGGGAGGAAGUGUGCGGAAAGAGGUUUGGAUUUUUAUUUAAUUCGAGAUAGAAAAUAGCAAGUUUUGCAGCCAGUUUCCAAAACGAAUGUUUUGAUUGCAGCUCGGGCUUGUGGACGUUUAUACGGGGUAUCUUUUGUUGAUUAUUCAAAAUUGUCGCCAAUAUGGUUUUUUGAAUCAAUUCGAAUUUGAGGCGAUGUCUUUACUGGGACAGCCGAUUCUGCGUUCGGAUUGGGUCAACCACUGCUGGAGUCAGAGGGACAACGCCGAUUUCGACGUCUUCAACGAGGAAUUGGCGAGUUUUGUUGAAAAAAAAAUUAUAAAAUCGGUAAAGAUAUUAUUUUAACUUCAUUUUUUUUUCAGUUGAAGCAAUUUCGAAUAGCCGUUUUCGAAGGUCUGCAUAUAUUUUUCCACGGAUUCAGACAAAAAGAAGUUGAUGAUAUGGCCAAGCAUCUUCAAGACAACAGUUCGUUUCGGAAUUUUCCUUAUGAGCUUUUUAGGUCUUUUCUAAAGUAUGCAUUAUUGAUUUAGUAUAAAUUGGAGCAAAAUAUUGUGAUCUAUUUUUUUCGAACUACUUUUUAAGUAGAAGUUUUUUUAAACGAGAUUUUUGAGACAAUCGAAAGAAAGAAAGUUUUUCAUGAAUAGUUGAUAAUUUAAGAAGGAAAAAUGGUGAAGCAGACGAACGAGGCGACGCACGUCGUCUACAACAGCGACGCGAUGGAACUCGAGCCGUUGCCGGCUUCUGGACACCUGCUUCACGUCACUCAGGAGGUAACCAGAAGACGUCGACGUUUUCUGAAUCCCUUUUUCAGUGGUUUUGGGUCAGUCUCCACAUGGGCAAGUGCGCACGCGAGGACAGUUAUGCUCUGCCGACGAGAAAUCUCAAGAAAAAGGUUUGUUCUUCAGAUGUGGUGUCCUGGAGAGAUCCCGAAGCAAAAGAGCCUAAAAAAAGGGUCUUCGGGCUUUCAUUUGGGAUAAGAGAAGGUAGAGAAUAAACGAAGGAAGAUAAUUGAUCUUUCAGAAAAAUUUGAAAAAGAAAUUUUUCGUGCUCUGUUCAUCACUAAUUUUUUUCGAUUUAAUUUUCUGGCGUUGAUUCAGAAUAAUAAAACUUCAGAACGAAUGAAAUUUAGAAAAAAACAGUUCAGAGAAAACUAUCAUCUGCACGAAUUUUUCGAAAUUCGUAUCUUAAAUUCAGUUUGUACAGAUAUUGCCAAUGAGCGAUCUUCUAAAGCUUGAAAAAAAGGUUUUUGGAAUUUGGAUUAAAAUCUAAAUUCCUCGCGUCUUUAUUGGAAUGGCAUUUCUUCAAAAUGUCUUUCGACUCCGAGAACAGAAAGUUUGGAAUUAUCUUCAAAAUUUCAUGAAAUGGGUUGAGAUCGUAUGCGGCUCCUCCAUGAACAGUCCCGCGGGAAAGUUGGCCUUGUCCAAAUCGGCUUCUUCUGUCCGGGAGUACGGCGACGACGUCGUUUCCUCCUUGAAUGGUUUUCUUUUUUUUUUCGAAUAAAAAUAAAACAACUUGUCGUGUUCUCUAGCCACUCCCGACUACAUUUACUCGAAUGAUGAAAUGGAGAAGAUGGGAAGAUCGCCCAGACCAACUUCUAAACGACUUCAGGUUUCUUUUUAAUCGGAAUUAACGUGUCUUUUCUCAUUAUUUCUUUUUAUUUUGGCAUGUUCAAUAGGCGGAAAGCAGUUUUUUCUCCAUUUUAUUUUCACAUUCUCAUCAUUUUCUACUUCAGGUUUGUAUGGAGAUGGCGGAAACGGAGAACAAUUACCUCAACGCCCUGAAACUUUUACUGAAAGUUGGUUUUCACUAGAAUUUCAUUGGAACUUGCGAUUUUACCAGUUCAAAGCUGCUCUCGAGCAUGAGGUUUCGCAGAACGAGUUCAUGAAGAAAACGGACAUUGCGCUGAUGUUUGGAAAACUCGAACCUAUCGUCGAGGUCUGUCUGGACUCAAAAGAAAAUUUUUUUCCAACUCAUCCUAAACCCAAAUGGCGCAGAACAAGUCUGCGCCUAAUAAAGGCUCUUAAGAUCCGAGAAAUUGGCUCUUAACAACUUUUGAAACUCAAAAAAUGGUGUCAAAUUUUUCAUUCCCACAAGGGGAGAAUAAUUCUUCAUGGUUUUCAAAAGCUAUUCUGAAAAAAAUUGUGUAAAUUCAACUAUUCUAUCAUUACGGUAAUUGGAAACAUUCAUUCGAGGUAAAAAAAAAGAGAGUCUCUGAAAAAAGUUUCUGUUUCCUUUGUUCGCUCUCAUAUCAACUCAUAAAAAGCUUUCCCUUAGUUUUUCCUUCUAUUCAAGAAGAUUGUCAUCCGGUAGUUGAUCCCAAAAGAGGAAAAUAAGAUCCCAAACUCCUGUUGAUCUCGAUGAUGUUUGAGGUGCACGGAAGGAUAUCGGAGAAGUUGAACGCGAUGGUGGCCGAAGCGACGUCGGCCGCGGCGUCUGGCCAUUCGAAGAAGUCCGACGAGAAAAACCUGGACCCGGCAGCGGUCGGGCCAUUCCUCAGAUGCGGCCCAACUCUUCUUCUUUCCAGGUUUGGGUCGAGGCGAAAGAGGAGAUGAUCCGCGUCUACCCUCCCUACCUCAACCUCUACGACAACGCCAAGAAGCUCUUCGACACGAUCGACCGCGAAAACGCCAAGUUCCACGCGUUUUGCAAGGUCCACCGGAACUUGACCUACCUCGAAACUUUUCCAUUUCCAGGCAAAAGAGAGCAACCCGGACUUCAAGAGACAAAAAGUAGUCGAUAUUCUUGUGCGGCCAGUUCAGCGACUUCCUUCUGUUAUCCUUCUUUUGAGAGGUUUUCAUUCCCAUCCGAUAAAAAUAAACAUUUUUUUGUGCAGAAGUCGGGAAGAAAUCCGAGUCGUCGAGGAUGAAAUUGAGCUCUGAUGAAGCGGUUAAGGUGAUCGACGAAGUUUUGAAGUGAGAGAAUCUUUAUUUCGUCUUUUUUGAUGGCUACGAUUUUUUCAGGAUCGCUAAUAAAACUCGAGAACGGAACGAUCAUCUUAUCAGCCACAUGAACAAGUUCACCGACAUUGAGAAUGUUCCUGUGAGUCGAUUCCAAAAGAAAAUGCAAUUUUUUAUGCAAACAUUUUAAUUUUUUUUUUAUGCAAAAAUUUUGAUUUUUACGCAGAUUAUCGAGGGAACGUUCUAGAUAGCAACCAACAAAAUUCCCCCAAUCGUAAAAAUCAUUUUUGGUUAUUAACAUGAAGUACUUUUGCGAGAAAAACCUUUCUCUCCUUUUUCAGUCAAUAAAAAAUUCUUCAGAUUCAUCUGAUGGCCGCCAACCGGAUGUUCAUCCGCGACAUCAACAUCGUUCCUGUCGCCAGCACGGCUCCGAAACUCCUGAAAGACUGCAAAAUGAAGCUUUUCCUGUUUCACGACGUCCUUUUGGUCUUUUGACCUCACUUUCUUCGAAUUUCGAUCCGUUUUUCAGGUGACAAAGAUCAGGCAGGACAAAGGAACGAUGCAGCGACUGGCCCGACACGCCUCCUUCGCCAGUCUACAUGCCAGAGCCCGAAGACCGUGAGUAGUGACGUCAUAUGAGUUUCUGAAAUUGCAUUUUCGAGUUGGAGGAGGCUUUACAUUGAUAUGUUCACUACAUAGAUUUUAGCAUAAUUACUCCGAAUAGAUUCGAGGUUGCGUCUAUUGAAAUCAACUUGCUGACCUCAAUGAAGCCGCAGAAACUGACCAUUUUUGCAAGAAAACUGAAUAUUGUCUUUUUUCAUGGGAAUUUUAUGAUUUAUCGACCUCUGCGUCUUCAAAAAAGCACGCUUGUAAUAACAUAUCCGAUUCAUCAAAAAAUUCGAGAGUGGAUAUUUCAGGGUCUUUGUCUAGUACAUCAAGAAGUAUUUCGGUUAGUUUUCAGAAAACACAAUCAGUAAAAGAGUUUGACCUUAUUAGUUCACCUGUCUUGAUAAUAGGGUUUAUUUAUUUUUCAAACUGUGCCCUCUUGCUGCUUUUUCCUGAAGUUUUGACGAGCAUUUUUUCAGUUACAAAUACGUGGACCAACUUCCGUUGGCGUCGUUACGCAGCGCCUGCCGAAUAAGGCCUCCGUUAGAUUUCUGCCAAGAUCCGGCCCUCGGCGGUAAAAGAGACCCGCUCCUCCCAUCUUUCUGAUUCUGUCCGUUCCAGAGCCCGUGUUGUGGCUGAUCACCCACCGGGACAACUUGGACCAUCAGUGGGUCAUCGAGUCGAAAGACGACGAGAGCAUGCGCGAGUUCAUGGACGACAUACACAUGAAGGUGAGUCGCUGAAAAUCCGAAUCGAGAUUUCGCGGGAAGUAGGCCGCUGGCUUCAGAUUUUAAUGUCAAGACUUCGUUGAAGCUCCGCCCUAAUGUCGCGAUAAAUCAAUCAGACAGCGAUACAGCCACAGAGCGUUUUCGAAUGACGUCAUUGUAUUUGACAUUCAAAAUCUAAACGCUAAAUAACGUCUCAAUCAAUUCAUUGAGUAUUUACAAUUCUUCCGGAUUAAAAAAAGUUGGGUAUAUUAACAUGGGUGAAGCGUUGCGUACGCGAAGCGGCUAUCUGACGGAAAAAGAAAAAUUUAAAAAUACAUAAAUAAAGAAAAAAUUAAUCUUUUUGUUUACGCUGAAUCGACCCAUCUCGGCUUUCAAGUCGGGAAAAAAGGACUAUGUUUGCCUUUUUCUCAUUUUCAACAUUCCAUUGACGUUCCGGGUUUGAGGUGUUGAGCGAAUAUGGCCGGUACUUCAUGUCGUGUUCUGAGGAGACGGCUAAUUCCAUUUUCGAGAGCGACAUCGCAGACGCAGUUACACGCUAUUUCAAACGGUAAGUUACUUUUUCCGGCUUUUUUCGCAAAAUCAAGUUUUGCAGACAAAUGCCGGUGUCGAACGCCAACAUGACGAUGGUCGAAAGGACUCCACGAGGAGUCAGUUCAUUUUCAUAAUAGAUAAUUUGAAUUAUUUUGAAACGAGAAAUGGGGAGUUUACUGUUGAGGUUGAAACAUGAGCUCCUCUAGAUUAACAGAAAACAUUUUUCAAUUCCAAAUAACUUCAGACGUUAAUGUUGAUUAAGGACUGGUCCCAGGCGAGCAGCAUCAACGACUCGACGUUCAGCACGGCGACGCAUCAGUCGCAGCAGAGCAAGAUGCGGCGAGCCUUCAGCAAUGCCCAGCUCCAAAUCGCGACCACUUUCGGCUUCGGUCGCGCCCAAAGUCGCGUGAAUCUUGGCCAAAUAAGUCUGCGACUCGGUUCAUUUUCGGUGCGGCAAGACGAUUUUUCAGGCGAGACGUCAGUCUGUCAGACGCCGCGAGCCGUCGCCUCCUCUUCCACUGAAAGCGCCGCCAAUUCCACCAUCUCUGCGACGCCAAAACGAGGGUUACGGUCGGAUUUUUGUUUUGUUUUUUUGAACAAAAGCCUUUUUUUCAAAUAACUGUACACAAAAUUUUUUGAAAGUAUAGUCUAAUCUACAUUUUUAUUUUUUGAUUUUAAAAUCUUGAUCAUAUAUCCAUUUUGCCUUAUAUUAAUAUUUUUUUCUCUUGAACUCCCAGUUCAAAAGUUGCUGUAGAGGACCAUAGUGGGAAAAGUUAUCUUUCAAAUUUUUUUAAAAAAAACAUUCUGGCAAAAAAAGAUUUUGGGAAAAAAAGUAGAACUUUUGAAAGUGUUCCUUCGGAACGCAGCAAGAGCUGGAAUUUCAGCCAGAGACUGACGUCAUCGACGUUCCUCAGCCGGACGCUCAACCGCAACACGUCGAUGCGGUGCAGCCAGGCGACGUUGCCGCCUCUCGAAGACGAGAAAGAGAAUCGGACGAUGGUGGAGAGACCGACUCACUCCGGCAGCCGCGUCACCGACGUCUGA